AUGGAAGUCACGGGACCGCAACAGAUUUUGAUUUCGAAAAGAGAUUACAUCUCGAAGAUUAAUGAUAUCCGCGACACGGUGAACUCUCUGGAGGAAAGCUUGAUGGUGUCCCGCAGUCUCGAGGCUGAACGGUGGUUGAGAUACACAACUUUAAAGACGAAGAGCAAAUUAGUUGCGGACGACCUGAGGAAAGCGAACAAGCGCAACAAGAACAUGUUGAACCUGUUCAGGCAGAGCGUGACGGACGUCCGGCUUGGGAAUGAGAUCGCGUUGCCGGAGUCCCUGAAGAAAGAAGUGCAAAAAACUUGGCAUCAGAAAUACGACUCGUUGCUGUUGCAAAAUGACCAGCUGAAGAAAGAGCUCGCGACCGCCAAUCGGUUUCUCGAAGAAAAAUGCGUGGAGGUCGACGAUCUUCAGCAAAAGAUGCUAGGUCUCGGGGAUAGGCUCGCGGAGAGUAACGAGGCCGUUGAAAAUGUUUGCAGAAAGUAUUUGAGGCUUAAGAAAUCCAAGGAUCAGCAGGAAGUCUUGUUGCGAGGUUCCAUCGAGACGCUACAGUACAUGUUGAAGAAAGCAAGCGGCACGACUACAGGGACGAUCGCAAUGUCCUUGAAUCCGAGCAAGGAGAUGCUGCUGGCCCAAGAAAUUCGUCGCAGCGAUCGUCUGGCACACGAGAACUCUCUACUGAGAGUCCUUUUGCAGGAGGCAAGACGCGACAGCAGGACCAACGAGAUCAAUACGGUUUCCUACGAAAGCAUUCGUAGAUAA